AAACAUUGCUGAAGAAUGGAGUAAACGUCAGUGAACCGAUGUCCAUCGAGAACGGAACUGAGAGGCUGCUGGAAAAGAAAUGGAAUUCGCCAUGAAAAUGUUCGUUCUCGUUUUGAGCACGCUGGUCGUUUCUACUCACAGCGAAGCUUCUGUGCUGCCCCGGGGUCGCACUGACCCCUAUAUCGACCACGAAAUUCCCACUCGUCUGGAGGACGUUGACACCGCUGGAGGUAUCGAGUCCGGUAAGAACACACCGCUCGUCAGACCCAGACGUCUGACUUGCGACGUCUUCUCGUUCGAGUCGGGUGUGGUGACGCCCAAUGACGCGCCCUGUGCCCUCAAAUGUAUCGGGACAGGAAAAAAGGGCGGUCAUUGCGAGGGUGCGAAUUGCAUUUGCAGAGAAGAAAAGUGGACGCCUUGGUGAUUCAGGAUCAUUGACGAGCCGAAAAAGCCAGCUUGCGUGCAAAAUGAGUCUUUGUCGAAAAAUUUAUUUCUGAAUAAUCUUAAAUAACAAAAAUAACGUUUAUUUCUAAAAGAAA